AUGACUGCUGCCGAUUUCAUGGCAUUCUGUCAACAGCUAAUAUCCGCGCGUCAAAAUCAAAAUUAUAAUACCCCUGCGGACAAUUCAAUGUAUGAGAGGGACAUCCGAGCCGCAAUUAAUACCAAAGCUGUCACCACAUUCGAUGGAACCGACUACCAAACAUGGAGGAAUGACAUCCUCGUAGACGCAGAGGUGAUAGGUGGCAUUGACAUACUCACCAAGAACCAGGAGAUACCCCCUGAACACCUAUCAGCAUUAGAAAAGGAGCGUUGGUUGAUACGCAAGAAGAUACUCUUUCGUCGCAUGCUGCAAUCACUAACAGGUCUCGUUCGACCGACAAUUGGGACCUUAGAACUAGAUAACGCAGCUGCCCUAUGGAGAAAAAUAGCAGCAGUAUACGGAAUAUCCCUAGCGGAAGAACGCCUUAAUAUCACCAAAGAGCUAACUACCUUGCGCGUAAAAAAUAACAAUUAUUUGUUAUACGAACGUCGUUUUCGCUAUCUCGCCGCUCGUUACAAAGAACUCGUACGAGAUCCAUCAGAUAUCCUCCACGACCUGUUCCUCAUCGGUUUACGGGAUUAUCAGAAGGCUUUCGUUCAAACACAUCUUGAUAAGUUCUACGCAACUGGUCAAGAUCCUAUCUCCAAUAUCAAUAUCGACGACCUGAUGAAACAACUGGCGAAUCGCGCGGACAAGCCAAAAGGAUUCUGA